UAUCUGCUUGGUCAGCCGGAAGAUGAAGCUCUUUUUUAAACCAGGGUCAGCAGCAAACAAUGCGCUCGCCCGUAGUGUGCUGAAGAGUUGUCUGCAGCUGACGGCUGGCGCAAGACGAGAUAAUACACCCGGACUGCCACCUGCCUCGUCAGACUGGGUGGAGCACCAGCCGCCAGUGGGGCUCUUCUUACUUCAGGGGACUGAUAGACAGCAGCAGGCAAGAAUGUGGGUUGGAGUGCUCGCGGUGCUGGCUCUGUCGGCGGUGACAAAAGGUGCCAGGCCAUAUGAAGAUGAGUUCUACUUCGACACUUUCCCUCCCAACUUUGUAUGGGCAGCGGCAACAGCAGCUUACCAAGUGGAAGGAGGGUGGCGUGAUGAUGGGAAGGGAGCAAGUAUUUGGGAUGUGUACAGCCACACUGCAGGCCGUGUGGACAAUGGCGACACUGGUGAUGUUGCCUGCAACAGCUACAACCUCUAUGAGCAAGAUGUGGAGCUGCUCAAAUCUGUUGGGGUUAAUCACUACCGCUUCUCCAUCUCCUGGCCUCGGCUCCUGCCCAAAGGCACGAUACAGCAAGUCAACCAGGCAGGUGUUGACUACUACAACAAGCUGAUUGACACCUUGCUGGCAGCCAACAUCCAGCCCAUGGUCACCCUGUACCACUGGGACCUGCCUGACAUCCUCGAACAGAGAGGCGGCUGGCUGAACGACGAAACCAUCAGUAACUUUGUGGAUUAUGCCGACUUCUGUUUUGGGAAAUUUGGUGACAGGGUAAAACUGUGGAUCACCUUCAACGAACCGUGGGUGGUGACGUGGCAGGGCUAUGGCAAUGGCGAGAAGGCACCCGGACGUGUUGAACCCGGAACCUACCCGUAUAUUGCGGCUCAUAACAUCAUCAGGGCGCACUCCAAGGCAUACAAAAAAUACACGUCUGCUUACAAGGCUACACAAGGAGGCCAGGUGGGCAUCACUCUCAACAUGCCGGCGUGGUCCGUACCUGCUGAUCCCUCCUACCCCGAUGACGUCAUGGCACAGGACCGUGACCUGCAGUUCAACUUCGGUUGGUUCGCUAACCCCAUCUUCGGCACGGGGGACUACCCUGAUGUCAUGAAGACGAUAGUGGCGGAGAAAAGUCGGGCCCUGAGCCUCCCGGACUCACGUCUGCCUCAGUUCACAGCAGCCGAGAUCCGCGAGAACCAAGGUGCUGCGGAUUUCCUAGGCCUCAACUACUACACCAGCCACUACACCACCACCGAGAUACAACCUGCCGACCCUCCUAGCUACGAGAAAGAUCCUGACAUCCGGACCUGGGCCGAUCCGUCAUGGCCGACCACUGGUUCCUCCUGGCUGAGGCCGUACCCUAAAGGUCUGCGAGCCACCUUGAACUGGCUGCGGGAGGAGUAUGACAAUGUGACGGUGUACAUCACAGAGAACGGAGUGUCCGACCACACCGGCUCCCUGAGGGACGAGUACCGCAUCACUUACAUCAAACAACACGUCAACGAGCUCUUGAAAGCCAUACGCCUCGAUGGGUGCAAUGUAAGGGGCUACACUUACUGGUCUUUGAUGGACAACUUUGAGUGGUCGCGGGGCUACAGCGAGAAGUUCGGUCUGGCCUACGUCAACUUUUCGGAUCCCAGUCGACCCCGUGAACUCAAGGCCUCAGCCUACUACUAUGCCGACCUCAUCAAGGACAACGGCUUUUUGCCUGGCUUCCCGGCACCAGGUGGGAGAGCCACGGGGGAACUGGCCCUGGAGGAUGACCUGGACAUUCUGUACGAGCAGUUCCCAGACGACUUUGUGUGGGCCGCCGCUUCCUCGGCUUACCAGAUAGAGGGCGGCUGGGAUGCCGAUGGGAAAGGGGAGAGUAUCUGGGACCGGUGGACACACGAAGGUCACACGGUGGGUGGCGAGACGGGGGACGUGGCCUGUGACAGUUAUCACCUGUACAGAGAAGAUGUUCAACUGCUUCGCAAUAUGAAGGUGACACAUUACCGUUUCUCUAUUUCGUGGCCACGCAUCAUGCCUGAUGGCACCAGAGCCAGCGUGAAUGCACCCGGGGUGCAGUACUACAACAACCUCAUUAAUGAGCUGCUUGCCAACAACAUCCAGCCUAUGGUCACCCUGUAUCACUAUGACCUGCCCCAGGUCCUGGAGGAUCAUGGUGGUUGGCUCAACAGCUCCAUCUCCGGCCUCUUUGAAGAUUAUGCUCGAUUUUGCUUCCAGACAUACGGCGAUAGGGUCAAAAUGUGGGUGACAUUCUAUGGGCCACCCGUGAUCGCUCUCCUUGGCUAUGCACAGGGCGUCUUCGCACCAGGGAGAAGCAACCUGUCUGUGAACCAGUACAUCGUCGUUAAGAACAUCGUCAUCUCGCACGCUCUCGCCUACCGCACGUACAAGCGAGAGUUUUUCGCGGCUCAGCAAGGUCAGGUGGGCAUCAGCACGAACCAGGCAUGGAGCGAGCCGCUGGACCCACUCUCUGAUCUGGAUGUGAAGGCGGCUCAGCGGGCUAUGGCAUUCUCCACUGACUGGUACGCUCACCCCAUCUUUGUUGAUGGUGACUACCCCGAUAUACUGAAGUGGCGGGUAGCAAACCGGAGUAUGGAGGAAGGUCUCAGUGAAAGCCGACUGCCAGAGUUCACCGAUGCUGAAAAGCAACUCGUUAAAGGUAGCGCCGACUUUCUGGCUUGCAACUUUGACACCGCCUACUAUGUCACAUCGAACUACCUGCCGACCUUCCUGCCGCCCAGCUACUACAACGACAUGGCCACCAGAGGCAGCUUAAACCCCAGCUGGCUUCCCACCGGCUCCAGCGCCCUCUUUGUCACGCCGUUUGCGAUGCGCAAGGUGCUGAACUGGUUCAAGUACCGCUACAACAACAUCCCGGUGUAUGUCACGGAGAAUGGUGUUUCUGACACGAAUAGCACAUUGCACGACUAUCACCGAAUACACUAUCAUCGUCUUUACAUCAGUGAACUCCUCAAAGCUAUCACGCUGGACAAGUGCAAUGUGAAGGGAUACACAGCCUGGUCGCUGAUGGACAGCUUUGAGUGGAACUUCCAGUACCUGGAGAGGUACGGUCUGCACUAUGUCAACUUCAGCGAUCCUGCACGCCCCCGCACUCCCAAGGCUUCUGCAAUCUGGUACAGAGGCUUGAUCUCUGAUAACGGCUUCAAACAUGGCUACACUCAGCCGGGAGGCUGGGGCUCGGCGCCCGAACUUACUGAGGACUUUUACUACGGAACCUUCCCAGAAGACUUUGCGUGGGCUGCAGCAACAGCAGCAUACCAAGUGGAGGGAGGCUGGAAUGCAGACGGCAAAGGCCCUAGCAACUGGGACACCUUCAGCCACACACCAGGUAAAGUGGACAACGGUGACACGGGCGAUGUGGCUUGCGACAGUUACCAUCGUUACCUGGAGGAUGUGCGCAUGAUCAAGGACCUGGGGGUCACACAUUACCGUUUCUCCAUCUCCUGGUCUCGCUUGCUGCCUGAUGGAACCUUGGCAUCUAGGAACCAGGCCGGCAUCGACUACUACCACCGCCUCAUCGACGCUCUGCUCAAUGAAGGUGUUCAGCCUAUGGUGACCUUGUACCACUGGGACCUUCCUGAUGCUCUACAGAAAAAUGGUGGGUGGCUGGUCGAUUCCAUCGUCUCCCGCUUCAGGGAUUAUGCCGACCUCUGUUUCAGAGAGUAUGGUGAUAAGGUGAAAUUUUGGAUUACAUUUAAUGAGCCUUGGGUGUUCACUGUUUCUGGAUAUGGGACUGGAGAAAUGGCACCUGGCACCACAAAUGUAGGAACAGACCCAUACACAGCUGCCCACAAUGUCAUCAAGGCCCAUGCUGAAACAUAUCAUCUCUACAAUGAUACCUACCGGGCCACGCAGAAUGGGAAAAUUGGCAUCACGCUAAACUGUGACUGGGCAGAGCCUCUUGACCCCAUCCUACAGACUGACAUCGAUGCUUCUGACCGAGGCCUGCUGACAUUCAUGGGGUGGUUUGCCAACCCGAUCUACCUGGAUGGUGACUACCCACCAAUCAUGAGAGAGCUUGUUGAUAAUGCCAGCAUAGCUGAGGGCAGGUCAACCUCCCGUCUGCCAGCUUUCACUCCACAAGAGAAAGCUCGCAAUGCACGUACCUCCGACUUCUUUGGGUUGAACCACUACUCCACUAACCUGGUAACUGAUGCACAUUCGGGUCAUGCCCCCAAUUAUUUUGUGGACAGACAGGUGGCCGAGACAAAGCACCAUGAUUGGAUUGGAUCCGGGUCAAGUUGGCUGAGUGUGGUCCCAUGGGGUAUUCGCAAGAUGGUGAAUUGGGUGCGGAGACAGUAUGGCAAUAUCCCCAUUUACAUCACUGAGAAUGGACUUUCUGACCGCAAUGGGUCUCUGUCAGAUGAGCAUCGCAUCUACUUUUACCGUCACUACAUUGAUGAGCUUCUCAAGGCCAUCAACCUUGACAAGGUCAAUGUGAAAGGCUACACUGCAUGGUCCCUGAUGGACAAUUUUGAAUGGGCUCGUGGGUACAGCGAGAAGUUUGGUCUUUAUGCUGUAGACUUGAAUGAUCCAAAUCGUACUCGAACGCCAAAAGCAUCUGCCCGCUUCUAUCGUGAUGUAAUCAAGGACAAUGGAUUUAUUAAGGGGUCCCGCACUGACCCAGCAGUACGUCCACACAAUGAGAUAAAUGAGCAGGAAAUCAUGUAUGGAAUAUUUGAAGAUGACUUCAUAUGGGGUGCUGCCACUUCAGCAUAUCAAGUAGAAGGUGGAUGGAACAGUGAUGGUAAAGGGGAAAGCAUAUGGGAUGUUUUUGUGCACACUGCUGGCCAUGUGCUGGAUGAUGCUACAGGUGAUGUUGCUGCCAACAGUUAUGGCGAUUAUUUCAUGGAUGUUGGUGCUAUCACACAGCUCCAAGUAAACCAUUACUACUUCAGCUUGUCCUGGUCUCGCAUUUUGCCUACAGGUGACAUCAACAACGUCAGCCAAGCAGGACUGAAAUACUACAAUAAUCUCUUGGAUGAUCUGGUGUCCUCAGGCGUGAAGCCAAUUGUAGCUCUCCACCACUGGGAUCUGCCCCAGUACCUUCAGCAGUUGGGUGGCUGGCUGAAUGAAGAUACAGCAGACCGUUUUGUGGAGUUUGCUCGACUUUGCUUCAGUACAUUUGGAGACAGGGUGAAGAUGUGGACAACCCUGACUGAGCCUGAGACCUUUGCCCUGAAGGGGUAUGAACAGGGCACAAAUGCUCCUGGCAGGCAGAGCUCUGGAAGUGAUGUGUACUCAGCUGGCUACAUCAUGCUCAAGGCACAUGCACGAGUGUACCGUCUAUACCAGCAGGACUUCCAAAAACAGCAGCAAGGUUUGGUGGGUAUCAACCUUCGACCUCAAUGGAUGGUGCCAGCAAAUGAAAAUGAUCCUGGUGAUGCCAAUGCUGCUGAUGGAGGGAAUGAGUUUGUCUUGGGACUCUUUGGUGACCCCAUCUUCAAGGGUGAUUAUUCUGAGACAGUCAAAAAGCGUGUUGGAUCUUUCCUUCCACAGUUCACUCAAAAUGAGAAAAGAAUGUUGAAUGGGUCAGCAGACUUUUAUGGACUGUCUUUCUCAAGAGCCAGCAAGGUGAAGACCCUGCGAGACAGUACCAUCAAAGGAUAUGGUGCCAGCUUAAGAGUUUCUGUUGAAGAUAAUACAACCAGUGCCUUAGGUCUCAGACCACUGCUGAAUGAACUGGAUAAACGUUAUGGCAAACCAGUGCUUAUUACAAGUAUUGGAUUACAGUCCUCUAACCCUACAGUGGAUGAUGACGACAGAAUCUCCUAUAUUGAGCACACCGUAUCUGAAGUAUUGAAAGCUGUCCACCUGGAUGACUGCAACGUCAGCGGCUACAUCUACCGCUCUCUUGUCGAUGGUUUUGAGUGGGAAAGUGGAUAUAGUCUCACCUCUGGCCUCUUCCACGUAGACUUCUUAGAUCCUUUCCGUCAACGCACUCCACGAAAAUCUGCUCGCUUCUUCCACCAGCUGGUUGACAACAAUGGCCUCCUGAGAGAGUAAAUGCUAACCAUCUGCAGCAGCAGAAGCAUCAGUGAGAAGCAGCUUUCUUCGUGGGUUUAGUGACAUUGCUCAAUAAACUGUGUCAUCUUACCUGAGUUUUAUAGUCUUGUAAGAUUUCUCAAUAAACAGUGUUACAAUACA